AAUUUCAGAAUUUCACUGUUUUGAACAAUGAGGUUUAUGGAAUAACAAUGAGGGCCAAUAUCUCCGACCUUACUGAGAAUAUUGACCUGUUCUUUACAAAAAACAAUCAGGAUGGUGAGGCAUCCUGCGUUUCUUGGGAUGGCAAAGGACAACUUAAUUGGACGACGUUUGGCUGUGAAACAGAAACAUUUGACAACAACACAAUAAAGUGCUCCUGCUCACAUCUGACAUGUUUUGCGGUGCUGAUGAAUCUACCAGAUGUAAAAAUCACAGAGCUGAAUCAGGAAUCACUGACUUUUAUUUCUUCUAUUGGCUGCGGCAUCUUGAUAUUUUUUCUGUCUGUUGCUUUAUUCAUGCAUUUCCUGCUACGCGUCGCUAACACAGGAGACAACGCUGCGUGCAUCUUCAUAGCGCUGCUCCUGCAUUACUCCAUGCUGGCCUCAUUCACCUGGUUCUUCAUUCAAGCUCUUCAUAUGUACUUAUGGCUCAUCAGACAGAACGUCUCCAUCACAAACUACAUGAGGAAGAUCACCGUGUUGGGCUGGGCUGCUCCUUAA